UAUGCUCGUUCGGCUCAAAUGCCGGAUCCGCGCGCUCCGAUGGGUUUCCACUAGCAGUGCCAGAUUCUUCCCUCUCACUGAGAAAGAGGAGCAGCAGAUCGAUCGGCUCGAGCGCCUGGAUCUCCGCGACGCCGUGCAGCUCCUCGAGGAUCGAUCCGUGUCACCCAGCGCCGAGGUGCUGGCCUGGUACCUCCGCCGCUGUGGGAGCGAGGCCGCCAUCGCCGAGGGCAAGCGCAUCCACUACCACAUCGUGCUGUGUGGAUUCAAGAGCAGCAGGUACCUUUGCAAUCUCCUGGUAGAGAUGUAUGGCAAGUGUGGCAGUCUCCAGGCGGCCAAGAGCAUCUUCCACAUCACACCCAGAAGGAACGUUUUCUCGUGGACUAUCAUGGUAGCAGCAUUUGCCCACAAUGGGCAUUACAUGGAUGCGCUCAAGCUCCUGGAGAUCAUGGAUCUCGAGGGGAUUUCGCCCAAUUCCAUCACCUUCAUCGAGCUCCUGGGGGCCGUGGCGGCACUGUCGUGGCUGGAUCGAGAUAUCUUCGUGGCGAACUGCCUGAUCAACAUGUAUGCCAAAUGCAGGAGCUUGGCGGACGCUUGCAGCGUGUUUGAGAGCCUCACGAGCAGGAGCGUGAUCGCCUGGACCGCCCUCGUCGCUGCCUACGCUCUCAAUGGAUUCUUCCGCGACGCGCUCAAGGUGUUCUUGCUCAUGACGCUCGACGGCGUGGAGCCGACCGAGGUAACUUUCGUCACGGUGGUGGAUGUGUGUGCCGAUAUCGCCGUGUUUGGCAUUGGCAGGGAAGUUCACGGGGUGAUCGACGCCAGGAGCGAGGCCAACGUUUGCGUGGGGAACGCUCUCAUCAACAUGUAUGGGAAGUGUGCCAGUCCCGACGACGCGAGGAAAGUUUUCGACGCGAUGGAGAGGAAGGAUAUCAUCACCUGGAACUCGAUGAUCGCGGUCUACGGACAGAACGGCUAUGGCUUCCAGGCUCUAGAGAUCUACAAACGGAUGCAAGAGAGCCGAGUUCUUCCGGAUGGCGUGACUUUCACCAGUGCCUUGGACGCCUGCUGCUGCAACUCGUCACUUCUAGCUCGAGGACAAGCGAUCCACGAUCAAGCCAUCGCCGCGGGACGUGAGAGAGAGGCAACCGUGAACUCGGCACUGAUCAACAUGUAUGGGAAGUGUGGGAGGCUGGACCUGGCGAGGAAAGUUUUCGACGAGACUGAAUCCACCAACGCAGUCUCGUGGAACACGAUGAUCAUGGUCUACGCACAGAACAGCCAUCUCAGGGAAGCUCUGGAGCUCUUCUCGGAGAUGACCAUCCUCGGGAUCACACCCGACGACAUCACUUUCAUCGGGGUGCUCUUCGCUUGCAGCCAUGCCGGGCUCGUCAAGGAUAGCUGCAAGCUCUACAGCUCCAUGAUCGGCGACUACGGCUUCAAGCCCACGUCUCUCCAGUGCGGCUGUCUCAUCGAUCUCCUGGGACGAGCCGGGUGGCUGGACGAAGCCGAGGAGUUCAUCAACUCCAUGCCAUACCAUCCGGAUCACACCAUCUGGACGAUACUCCUGGGAGCUUGCAUCACUCACGCGGACGUGGAGCGAGCAGCUCGAGCGGCGGACCGGAUCAUGGCGCUGAGACCCACGGACUCGGGAUCCUAUGUCGCUCUCUCCAACUUGUACGCUCUCGCGGAGAGGUGGGACGACAUGGCCAGGAUGAGAAAGCUCAUGGACCAGCGUGGAGUCUUCAAGAUGGCCGGGAAGAGCUCCAUCGAGAUUGGUGGAGUGCUGCACGAGUUCAUCGCUGGGGACACCUCGCACCCGCGGAAGCGUGAGAUUUACGAGGAGCUGCGGAGGAUCGAGGGGGUGAUCCGCGAGAGAGGCUACGUCCCGGAUAUCAAGGCUGUGUUGCACAACGCGGCAAGAGAGGCCAAGGAGAAGAUGUGCUGCUUCCACAGCGAGAGGCUGGCGAUUGCGUUUGGGAUGAUCUCGAGCCCGGGUGGGACUGAGCUCCGGAUCAUGAAGAACUUGCGUGUCUGCCCCGACUGUCACUCGGCUUCCAAGAUCAUCUCCAAGUUUUCGGGCAGGAAAAUCAUCGUCAGGGACGCAAAUCGCUUCCACGAGUUCCGGAAUGGAUCCUGCUCGUGUGAAGAUUAUUGGUAAGUGUCUCUUUUCUGGUAGAACACACCUCAAGAAUCAUUAAAUCUCCUUCACCAUGCGACUUGAUCUCGAGAAACACAUCUACACUGAAAGAUUGCAAAGACAGUUCUUCAUGAAUAGAUAACAAUGUAAUGUUGAUCCCAUAGUAACCAUACCUUUAAGGGGGCUUUGCACCA